GGCAUCAAAACAAGAACCAAGUUUUCUUCUUUUUACACUUUCAAGAAUAUAAAUUUCUUCACAGAUCUUCUCUCCUUCCCCACUUUCUCUGAAGAAGAAAAAAAUUUUAAGCUAACGAAACACUUUCUCUGUUCACCACAUCUUUCUCAACUGAAGGAAGAAUAGAAUAAACCAACUCCAAGUAAAGCAAGAUAUUUUGCUUUUGCUUUCAACAGUAAUGAAGAAUGUGGCUAUGGCAGCAGCUUCUGCUCUGUUUCUUCUAGGGUUUCUUGUCUCUUUAGUCUCUGCCUCUGUCUCUUACGAUAGCAGAGCCAUUACCAUCAAUGGCAAAAGAAGAAUCCUCAUCUCUGGAUCUAUUCAUUACCCCAGAAGCGCUCCUGAGAUGUGGCCAGAUCUAAUAAGGAAAGCAAAAGAAGGAGGUUUAGAUGUGAUUCAGACUUAUGUUUUCUGGAAUGGGCAUGAGCCUUCUCCUGGAAAAUAUUAUUUUGAAGGCAACUAUGAUUUGGUUAAGUUUGUCAAGUUGGUCAAACAGUCUGGACUCUAUCUUCAUCUAAGGAUUGGUCCUUAUGUCUGUGCAGAAUGGAACUUUGGUGGAUUUCCUGUUUGGCUUAAGUAUGUUCCAGGGAUUAGCUUCAGAACAGAUAAUGGUCCUUUCAAGGCUCAAAUGCAAAGAUUCACUACAAAGAUUGUUAACAUGAUGAAAGCUGAGAGGCUGUUUGAAUCCCAAGGCGGUCCUAUAAUCCUCUCUCAGAUUGAAAACGAAUAUGGACCAAUGGAAUAUGAGCUCGGUGCACCCGGUAGGUCUUACGCUAACUGGGCAGCAAAAAUGGCUGUUGGGCUAGGUACUGGUGUCCCUUGGGUCAUGUGCAAACAAGACGAUGCUCCCGACCCCAUUAUCAAUGCUUGCAAUGGCUUCUAUUGUGAUUACUUCUCUCCAAACAAGGCUUACAAACCCAAAAUGUGGACUGAAGCCUGGACUGGAUGGUUCACAAAGUUUGGAGGCCCAAUUCCUUACCGUCCAGCUGAAGAUAUGGCCUUUUCCGUUGCAAGGUUUAUCCAAAAGGGUGGAUCCUUCAUCAAUUACUACAUGUUUCACGGUGGAACAAAUUUUGGUCGUACUGCUGGUGGUCCGUUUAUUGCAACCAGCUAUGAUUAUGACGCUCCUCUUGACGAAUAUGGACUUGAAAGGCAGCCUAAGUGGGGGCACUUGAAAGAUUUGCAUAGAGCAAUCAAUCUGUGUGAGCCAGCAUUAGUAUCAGGACAACUCACAAGAAUCCCCCUCGGAAAUUAUCAAGAGGCUCAUCAGUACAAAUCAAAAUCUGGAGCUUGUUCUGCAUUCUUAGCAAACUACAAUCAAAGAUCCUAUGCCAAAGUUUCUUUUGGGAAGAAUCACUACAAUCUACCUCCAUGGUCUAUUAGUAUUCUCCCAGACUGCAAAAACACAGUUUACAACACAGCCAGGGUUGGUGCUCAAACUUCAAGGAUGAAGAUGGUUAGGGUUCCUAUUCAUGGAGGACUAUCUUGGCAAGCAUACAAUGAAGACCCAUCAAGUUACGUUGAUGAGUCAUUCACAAUGGUUGGUUUAGUAGAGCAGAUCAACACUACACGAGACACUUCAGAUUACCUGUGGUACAUGACUGAUGUUAAGAUUAACUCCAACGAAGGGUUUUUGAGGGGUGGGAAUUUGCCAACUCUUACCGUUCUAUCAGCUGGACAUGCUAUGCAUGUGUUCAUCAAUGGCCACUUAACUGGAUCUGCUUAUGGUAGCUUAGACUCUCCCAAGCUAACAUUCAGAAGAGGUGUGAACCUAAGAGCUGGUUUCAACAAAAUUGCUAUACUAAGCAUAGCUGUUGGUCUCCCGAAUGUGGGACCACAUUUUGAGACAUGGAAUGCUGGAGUUCUAGGUCCAGUUUCAUUAAACGGUCUCAAUGGGGGACGGAGAGAUCUGUCCUGGCAGAAAUGGACUUAUAAGGUUGGUCUUAGAGGAGAGAGUCUAAGUCUUCAUUCACUCAGCGGUAGCUCUUCAGUUGAGUGGGCAGAAGGUGCAUUUGUGGCUCAAAAGCAGCCACUUACUUGGUACAAGACGACAUUCUCUGCUCCAGUUGGCGACUCCCCGUUGGCUGUGGACAUGGGAAGCAUGGGAAAAGGUCAGAUAUGGAUUAAUGGGCAGAGCGUGGGACGUCACUGGCCUGCAUACAAAGCAGUUGGUACUUGCAGGGAGUGUUCUUACAUCGGAACAUUCAACGAGAACAAGUGCUUAAGAAACUGUGGAGAGGCUUCUCAGAGAUGGUACCAUGUCCCAAGAUCAUGGCUGAAACCAACAGGCAAUCUAUUGGUCGUCUUUGAGGAAUGGGGAGGAGAUCCAAACGGAAUCUCAUUGGUCAGAAGAGAAGUGGACACUGUCUGUGCAGAUAUCUAUGAGUGGCAAUCAACGCUUGUGAACUACCAGUUGCAUGCUUCUGGAAAAGUUAAUAAACCACUUCAUCCCAAAGUGCAUUUACAGUGUGGGCCUGGACAGAAGAUCACCACUGUUAAGUUUGCUAGCUUUGGGACACCUCAAGGAACUUGUGGUAGCUACCGUCAAGGAAGCUGUCACGCUCAUCACUCCUAUGAUGCUUUCAACAGACUUUGUGUUGGGCAGAACUGGUGUUCUUUAACUGUAGCACCGGCCAUGUUUGGUGGUGAUCCUUGUCCAAAUGUGAUGAAGAAACUCGCUGUGGAAGCGGUUUGCGCUUAAAUAUAACCGGAGGAAGUGGUUACUUUUGCAUUCUUACAGGUUUUUUCUGAUAGUAUUAGUAUGUUGUGGCUAUUUACAAGCGGUGGAAGUUGUACAAAAGGGACACAACACACCGUUCAAACAAUUUGGAGAGUUGUUGAUUUAUAUGUGAAUAAGCUUGUGUGGUAAUUGUAACCCAAGAAAGAAAGAAGAAGAAGCACAUUGAGACUGGAGAACAGGUGUCCAUGUGUUGAUGAUUCUUUGAUGGCAAAACUGGGAUUAUAUUAUUCUCCGAGUUUUGCUUCCAACGUGUUGUGUUUGUUGUUGCUGUAGUAGUUGUAUUAGCCUGAGACAUUCUCUGCAAUUAUCUCAUUGCUAAACUUAUGUAAUGUUUUUAUUUCUCUUUAAUGAAACAUCUUUAAGUCUUGAAGUAAA